UCGCCAUUAUGAUUUCAGAUUACAUUCUGGACACCAUUUAAUUUUUUUUAUUGACUCCUGACCUCCAUAAAUAAUAAAGUGACAUCCUGUUCUUUUUCCAACAACCCCUCCAUUCCCAAAGAGCUCUCUUUCCUCAUUCAGAAAAGAAAACCAAAGAUCACCGCAAUAAUUACAAAAUACAACAAUAUUAAAAAAAACAAAAACAAAACAAACGCUAUUAAAACAUACAGUAUUUACAGGAAAUAUCUAUAACGUAACACUAUCAGUGUUCCCUGUUUAUUAUGUUGGACUUAAUUUUACUUAGUUAAGUUUAAGUGUGUAAGUGUGUACAGUACACUCUUUUAUAGUUGGGUCUUUUAAGUUGCUCCGUGUAGUAUAUGUGUUGUUUGUGUGGUUUUUUACUGAUUGUGUGUUUUUGACGCCCCCGAUUGUCCACGACCUUAUUGAUUUUGUAUUUGAGAAUAUGUUUAUGUUGAAUUAAAAAAAAUAAAAACACCAUAAAUAAUAAACCAAAGCGCCUGACAGCCCAAACGCGGGGCAUACAUUUCCGUUGUGUUACACUAAACUCGCCCCCCUUGUGUUUCCGCGGUGCUGGAGACACGCAUGAGUUCCUAGCUGUCACUGGUGAGUUUAUCUGAUUGUACGGCGGCUGUCCCAAUGAAGGUGAACCGCCCCGUGUUUACCUGCCCCACCUGGACCCUCCUGUGUUUUUAACCCACACAUCCCCUCCUCCCCCAGCCCGGAGAGGAAGCACACUCCCCGGCUACAAGGAUGAAGUGGUUUCCUGUGCUCUCCCUUCUCUUUUGGAUAUGUGCCGUCUACAUCACCGGGAUCUACCUGUUUGUGGGUGGCUUCUUGCUGGUGAGGAUGGAGGUGAAUCGGACCAGCAGCUGCCUAGACGCCCUCUAUCCCGGACAGGGACCAGAGAGGGACUUUUGCAGAGGACAGCCACGUUUCCACAAAGCUGUCCUUCUCAUUAUUGAUGCCUUGAAGAUAGAUUUUGCACGAUUUGAUCCCAACAACACAUCACCAAGGCCUUAUGAGAACAAACUGCCAGUGUUGGAGGAGACGGUGUCAGCCAAGCCUUCCCAUAGCCGCUUGUAUCCAUUCCGGGCUGACCCUCCUACUACUACAAUGCAGAGGAUAAAGGGGUUCACUACAGGCUCACUCCCCACGUUUAUAGAUGUAGGAAAUAACUUUGCUUCAAGUGCCAUCCUGGAGGACAAUCUCAUUCAACAACUGGGUCAAGUUGGUAAACGAGUGGUGUUCAUGGGUGAUGACACAUGGGAGAAUCUUUAUCCCAAAAGGUUCCACCGCUCCCUGCCUUUUCCUUCUUUCAACGUGAAGGACCUGCACACUGUGGAUGAUGGGAUUCUGCAGAACAUCUACACAACAUUGGAAGGUGAUGACUGGGAUGUCCUGGUGGCCCAUUUUCUGGGUGUGGAUCACUGUGGUCACCGGUUUGGUCCAGACCACCCAGCUAUGGCCGACAAGCUCACCCAGAUGGAUGGUGUUAUCAGGUCAGUAAUGAGGCGUCUACAGAAUGACACCCUGCUGGUGGUGAUGGGUGACCAUGGGAUGACUGACACUGGGGAUCAUGGAGGAGAGAGUCAGAAAGAGACGGACGCAGCCAUCUUUAUCUACAGCCCGUCCCCUUUGUUUCAACAACCACAAAACCAGCUUGAGCCUGAAGUGGUGCCUCAGACAGACCUGGUCCCGACCCUGGCUCUUCUGUUAGGAAUCCCCAUCCCGUACAGCAGUGUGGGGCAGGUGCUGCUGCCUCUGUUUCCUCCUCAUGGGCAGAGUGCAGUUGGUGCUCUCAGCCAGCAGGAGGCACUGUGGAUCAACGCAAAACAGGUGAAUCGUUUUCUGGAGACCUACUCCAGCAUGGCCAAAGACAUCCCCCCGGAGACCCUGUCCCAGCUGCGGGCCCAGUUCUCCAGUCUCUCCUCUGAGUACAUCACCGCUCACCAGAAGGGCCUCCUCUCCUCCCCACAACUCACCGCAUCUCUCCAAUCCUACCUCACCUCUGUCCGGGACACCUGCCGCGCCACCUGGGCCAAGUUCAACCCUUUCAAAAUGGCCGCCGGUUUGAUAAUUUUAGCCCUGGCCUGCGUUACCUGUCUCCUCCUGUCUGAACUGUCGCUAACACUCAUACGGGAAGACAAUGCGCUUAAAUCUUCAUGUAUUGUUGCAGUGCUAACGGGCAUUUGCGUUGCCAUUGCUCAACUGCUAUCUUGGGGCUACAUGGAAGUUCCAUGGUGCGUAGCCGGCGCCACUCUCACCUCCGAACUUUUGUUUAUCUGGAAAGCUUACAAAACUAGAACGGUUGCCAAAACUGCUUCGAAAAAAUCUGCAAGUUGGUUUUCUGUGACGCAUCUCCUCACCCCAGCUGUAUUUAUUUUGCUGUUACGCUGUGCCUCCCUCCUCUCCGAUAGCUACGUCAUCGCGGAGGGUAGGGUAGUAACCUUUUUAGUAUUUUCUCUCGCCCUAUACAUCCCCGUUCACCUCAACUGGCACGGUUACCUUUUACCCCAAAUCUACGACUCGCCAAAACCUUCCGCCUUGCUGCCGUCUCCACCUCUCCCCUCUUCUGUUGUGAGAAAAGAAGCUAGUACACUAAUGGCCAGCUUAGCGUUGGUCAUUGGCAGCCUAUUUCUCUCUCUGUUCUUCCACGGGUGCAGGGAGGAACAAGGCUCAUGCCAACCCUCGCCAUUCCUCUCCCCUUUAUCGCGAAUGCAAGAUGACAAACUCAAAAACCUCCACUACGUCUUAUCUGUUUCUGCCCUCGCCCUGUAUACGUACUUUCUAAGAAACUGGAUGCGUAACUACGGCAACCUCAAUGCCUCUUGUAUAACAGUUUUCACAGCAAACUGGAUUCUCCCCUUGUCGUCUAUCAGUUUAGGCUUACAUUGGGCUGUCAGCGGCACCCCCGAAGACAGUUUCAAGAAUCUCUCAGAGCUAAUCGGCUUGGCACAGCUUGCAUUACCCAGGGCUGCUUACUGUUUGCUAACCGCGGGCUUGUUCCUUAUCUGGUUAGACCCCCUCACCGUGUUUAUAAAGUCCAAAACAUCAGCUCAAAACAGACUGGCAUCAAGGUUACCUCCCCGUUACAGGGCCAGCAUUGGGAUCAGCCCCCAGGCCGAGCUACAUCACCUGAUACCCCAAAUCUACCAGCAGAUGAGGCAGUCCCUGGAUGAUGGAGAGUUGAGCGGGUAUGGAGAGGAGGACGGUAGGCCCGCUGUGGAGGCUUACGGGCUGGGUACAGUCUACUCGGCCCCCCUGCUACUGUCCUGUGGGAUGCUGGGGUUAGUUUUGUUGUUGCUCCAUCCAGAAGGCAUGGCGCUGGCCUUUCUACUGCUGCUGUUGGAGAUGGGAGCGGUGCUGUACAUUCACGCCUCAUCCAACAAUCUGAGCGGACCGGGGAGGACUGAAGCAGGUGGUUUUAACGUGCCCUGGACUCCGGUGGUGCUGUGGGCUCUGGCUGCUACCCAGUUCUUCCAUGCUACCGGUCACCUGCCCACUUUCCCCUCCAUCCAGUGGGGGGCAGCAUUUGUGGGCUUCCCCGAUGGACACACUGGCACCAUUAUCCCGGCCUCUCUGGUCACUCUCAACACGUUCGCUUCUCACAUCCUCUUAGCAGUCUCUUGCCCGCUCCUGCUCCUCUGGCCUCUGGUGUGUGAGGUGCGCUCCAGCAGAGGGGGCAGGACCUGUGGGGAAGAGGUGGAAGAUGCAGUGAUGGAGAUUCGACUGAGAGAAAGCCCACAGCAGUUCAGCUCGGCUCUGCUGCAGCUGUCUGCGCGCUACCUCUUUGUACAUGGAGCACAGGUGUUUGCAUCGGUGUGUGCAGCUGCUAUCCUCAGGAGACACCUAAUGGUGUGGAAGGUCUUUGCACCCAAGCUAAUGUUCGAAACCUCUGCGUUCAUCGUCACCAGUGUGUCCGUGUUAUUGGGAGUCACAUUUGUGCUCAGAAUAGACUCCGCUGUAACUCGGUGGUUUAAGAGACUGGUCCCUGAUGCUUCUAGGUAGCAUCUGUCCCACUUAUGUGAAAACCAGUGAAAAUAACAUCUCCUGCCAUUAUAGUAUGGAAACGUAUUGGACAAUUCAAAAUGGACACUAACUUUUAUGGUUGAAAAGCGGAUUCAACCGUGGGUAUUUGACAAGGGACAAGAAUGUUUUUAUAACUUUGCAUCAUUUUUAAGAUAUGAUACGAUGUUGGUGCAUGCACUAAAACGCAAAAAGGAAAAUGCACAAAAAUCUUACUUACUUGUUCAGUUGUGAAUAUUGUUUUUAAGCAAAACUGCCAACGAUCUGCCAUUUUUCUGAGCCGUUACUACGCGCUAAACGGUUGCCAUGUUGGGAAAUGACAAAUCAGUAGUGUACGAAGGAGUAACCGUAAGUAACAAAGUGAUUUUGUCAGUGGUAAUGUGAAGUCUAACUACUCAAGCUAAUCUCCUACGAAGUACUGGUGUACAUGAGGGACUGUGUGUACAUUUUGGGAACUCAAGUUUUCUAGGUUUUGUAUCUUUACCAUGGAAUCAUUUUUAUCUUGAAUUAACUUUUGAACCUGUUUUUUGUUCCUAAUUUCAUUUUUUAAAUUGAUGUCAUUUUCUAAUUAAUCAUUUUGGUGGUUUUCUACGUCAGAUUUACAAAGUGUUCAUUUGUCAAACAUUUUAUAAUAGGUUUGGGUUCAUGCUCUGGAAAUUUGUGUCAUGAUUUCAGAUGGAUUAUAGGGGUAUGUAACUUACUACAUUUUUAAGAGAUUCUUGGAUCCACAAACUUGUCAUUUUAUGGCUUCUAAUCCUUUAAACUGACAAUGCAAUUCCUGCUUUGUGACUGAAGAAUGCCACCACAUUCUGAAGCUACAAUGGAUAUUGUUUUUUUUUUUUUGCUGACAGAGACAAUGUUAUGCAGUUUUUUCAUGUGAAUUGACCCCCAGUCCAUAGUUACCGUAUUUUUUGCACUGUAAGUCGCACCGGACUAUAAGUCACACUUCUUAAGGGAAAUUUAUUUUAUAAAAUCAGAGCCCAGGAACUGACAUUUCAUCUUAAAAGGCAAGUUAUAGUGAUAACAGAAUAGAAUAACAGACUGUUAACGUAACAUAUGAACAGCUAUUCAGAUAACUAUAGCAUAAACAACAGAACAAGUUUACCAAACUCUCCAAUCUCACUCCAAAUCACUAAAUCCAUUGAAUUCUUCAUUCCCUGUGUCACUUCUGAGCAACUCCGGGAUCUCCUCUUCUGUGUAACUGUUAUCAGACUCCGCAUCAGUUCCAGUUAGAUUUAUUCCGGUAUUUCUGAACCAUGACAGGAUGGUUUCGGUUGUCACUGAAGUCCAGGCUUUGUUGAUCCAUCCAGUGACUUCCAGGAAAGUUGCAUGGCGCAUCCUCCUGGUUGAAGCUGUGUUCUCCAUCCCUGCUUUUUGCCAGUCCCUCACAAGUUACUUGCUCACUCCAAACUUUCUUUCUGCUGCUCGAUUACAGUUUUUGGCUGCAUAUUUCAUUACUUGCAGCAGGACACAUGCAGGAGACUUUUGCAGUAGGGCACCAAAUGACAAUGGUACAGGAGUAACAGGAGUAGCAGAUACUGACACACAAGCCUAGAGCGCCCUCUCACGGCUGUCAGUGUGAAAAUUUUAAUAUGUAAGUGGCACUGGAGAAUAAGUCGCAGGACCAUUGAAACCAUGAACAAAAGUGUGAUUUAUAGUUCGAAAAAUACGGUACAUGGAUUCAGUUUUGUCAUGUUUUAUUCAUAUUUCAAUACAACGGUCACAAUAUGUAUUUUAAAGCGUUUUACACCUCAGAAAAGCAAAAACAACUAGGCCUGUCAUGAUAAUUACUAUAUUGACUUUUCAUUCAGUAUAUAUUAGGAAGAAUGUUUUUGGGGUCAGUAUUUAUUCGUGUGUACAUUUACUUUGCACUACUGGGAACCUUUUGGUUAUUUUCAGCAAUAUGAUAAGAUUUUAGACAUAAAAGGUUCUCUUCUUUGAUCUUCUAUGAUCCAUUACAGAUGCAAACUAAGUACUAAAAUGUUUCAUUCUGCUGUUUAUUUAUUGCAGCUCAUAGCUUUUUAACAAUAUUGUACAUUUUUUGUGGUUUGAAUCUGCUCUUGGGUUUUUGGUGUUUUUUUUAGUGGCAUAAAUUAGUUUCAAUAUUAUCAUUUAUCGUCUAGAUUUUCUUCCACACUUCAAAAUGUGUUAUUGUGACGGGCCUACAAACAACAAAGACAAACUGGCAAAUUGUUUAAAAUCUUUACUGUGCACAUAAGGAGCUGUAUUUAAUUUUGUAUUUACAACAGGAUGGCACACUUAACCCUUUCCUUGCUGUGCCAAACGGUGCUGGAGGAGAAGUUGAGCUACAUAGAUUUUUUUUUUUUUUUUUUUUUUUUUACAUGUGAAGGUUAUAUUGAAUGAUUCUAUAUUAAAUGCACCUUGUAAAUGCUGAGGGUCCCCUACCUGCCUGUUUCCAUGGAGAUUUUAUUGCUUUGCCUGGAAUAUUUCACAGUAUGGCAUUAAACUUUUAAAUCUUGCACUAGGGUUGCAAGGUUCACCACAAUCAAACCAAAAUCGUAAUUUGAAUGGAUCCAUUUGGCAAAUCACAAAAGCUGCAAUCUCCAAAGUGCCGUAAUUUUCUCCACAAGCAACAAAGUUUGAACAAUUUAGCUCUGUACAAACUUGUUCUGAAAUGUGAUUCUUUUAUUAGUUCGUCAGUUCAUAUUUCAGCCUUUUGUCAAUUCUUCUGGAAACAUUUAAAGGUGCACUGUGUAACUUUUCUUGUAGGUCUGCUAACUGCUUGUCUCCAUGGAGCUGUUAUUGCUUUGCCUGGAAUGUUCCACACUGAAGCAUUAAACUCCUCUGUCUCUAUGAAGAUAAGCAGAAAUGAAACUGGGCCUAGAUACAGUUCAGAUCUAUGGAGAGGUGUUUCAGUGUAUCCAGAAAUGCCUGUUUUUCAUGCUAUUUUAAAGCAAUAAAAACACCUUUAAUGGAAUAAAUGAAAAAAAAAAAAAAAAAACUGUUUAAUGCCAUACUGUGGAACAUUUCAGGCAAAACAUUCACAUCCCCAUGGAGACUAGCAAGUGGUGGAUCCUCUACCAGAAAUGUUACACAGUGCAAUCUGAACUUUGAAAAGUAUUCUAUGAUUAAAACAUAAAUUGCAAGCCUAAUCUCAAAACUAACCACAAUAGCAAGAAAAUUAACAAUUACAGAUCUAUUUUGCAUUCAAUUUUAGGCGUAUUCUUGAAAAAUAAAUAAAUAAAUAAAACAUUUAAAAAAUAAUAUAUCUUCAUGGAGAAAAAAGUUGGCGUACCCUCUACUCUUAAAAGACCGAUUUUACCAUAGCAUUCUGACCUGCCCUUUAAUUAAAUUUCAAACUUUGGUCAUUUCCACAUGAAACAAACUUUUCCCCUCAUUAGUUUAUAUGUUGUAGCUGGACUUUUCUGGCAGCUCUGGUCCCAUACUGCAGUCUCACUCAGCAGAUACGCCUCAUUAGCUAAUGCAUGAAGCGGAAAGGACCGGCGGGAUUCUCAGGUUGAUUUGUGACACUGCUGUCGUGUGCAUUUCUGAUGAAGGUGGUCUGUGGUGGGAGUGGAAGAAUUCAAAGAGUGAUGUAAGCUUUGGUACGGCCUGGCUGCGUUUGAAUGACAGAGCACAUUUCGAUGUCCAAUGAACUACAAUGAUUUUACAUUACUGUCACUGUGUAAUAAAACUUUUGUACGUGAUUUUCUGGUUGUAAAGUCUGUAAAGUAAUUGCUGGGAUUGCAGGGAAACGGGUUG